CCGGGGCGGAAGAUGGCGGCGGCGAAGCGCAGCGUUCUCUCCUCGCUGGCCGUUUACGCCGAGGACUCGGACCCGGAGUCGGACAGCGAGGCCGGCACGGCGGGGAGCGAUGGGGGAGCGCCCACGGGAGAGAAAGGAGGCCUGGUGUCAGUUGGGUACGGAGAAGAUGACUUUACCCGGCUGGAGGGGGACGAGGAAGGGUACGAGGAGGAGGACGAUGAGAACAGCAGGCAGUCAGAAGAUGACGAUUCAGAGACUGAAAAACCUGAGGCUGGUGACCUAAAGGAAUUCUCAGAAGUGGAGAAAAGAGAUCCUCAGGAGCUAGUUGCUUCUUUUUCAGAGAGAGUGAGGAACAUGUCUCCAGAUGAGAUCAAAAUCCCUCCUGAGCCUCCUGGCAGAUGUUCUAACCAAUUGCAGGAUAAAAUUCAAAAGCUGUAUGAGAGGAAAGUGAAAGAGGGCAUGGACAUGAACUACAUCAUCCAGAGGAAAAAGGAAUUUCGCAAUCCCAGCAUUUAUGAAAAGCUGAUCCAGUUUUGUUCCAUUGAUGAGCUUGGUACAAAUUAUCCAAAGGACAUGUUUGAUCCUCAUGGCUGGUCAGAGGAUUCAUAUUAUGAGGCACUAGCUAAAGCCCAGAAGAUCGAGAUGGACAAACUGGAGAAGGCCAAGAAGGAGCGCACAAAGAUUGAGUUUGUGACUGGCACUAAAAAGGGCACAACAACAAGUGCUGCUUCCACAACCACCACAACAUCCAGCACCACUGUGGGAGAUGCCCAGAAGAGGAAGAGCAAGUGGGACUCUGCCAUCCCCGUGACAACGAUAGCUCAGCCCACCAUCCUCACCACCACUGCCACCCUGCCAGGGGUUGUCACAGUGACCACCAGUGCCAGUGGCUCCAAAACCACGGUGAUCUCAGCUGUGGGCACCAUUGUAAAAAAGGCCAAGCAGUGACUGCUGUGCUGGGCCUGGAGCCUUGGACUUGUCACUGAAGCCACUGUCCUUGGAAGGGAGGGGUGGAUUUCUCCUUUGGUAAAAGAUGACAAGAUUCUUUGAAGCAGCUCACAGUUCCCCUUUGGAAGGCUGGGGGCAGGAGCAGGAUGCCAGCUGUGUGCCCACAGGAAUGGACCUCUGCCCACCAUGCCUCUGCCUUUGCUUGCUGGGGGAAGACCCAGGCUGCCUGUAUUGUGCUGGAGGAAGGUGGCAUCUGGAGUCAGCUUGUAAAAGUUUGCUUAUUAAUUGCUGCAUUGAGGUCUUACCUACCUGCAAGUUUGUUUUAGGGGGGAAAAAGAAAAUAAAUGAAAAGGGCAAGCAGUGAAAGACUGUCAGUGUUACCCCUGUGUGUGCAGGGUGGUGCUCCAGGGCUGCCUGCAGCCUGUGUAGGUGCCUCCCUCCAGAGCCAGCUCAGCUCUGAGGGAGUUGAAGCAGAGAAAACCACUCAGUGUCCACGUCCAGAUGUGUAGCAGAGACUUGAAGAAAACUCCAUCAGUGAGUGUAGGCUCACUCCUUGUUCCAGCACUGACACCUGUACCCUGUGCUCUCUGUGUAGACCUUAGUGACCACGUGUGGAACUGUGGAACUCUUGAGGAAGCUGUGCUGGAACAUCCUGUUACCAUCUCACAGGGAUGGAGAUUUCUAUGCAGAACCCUCAAGCUGUAGAGGUUUGAUUUGUGAGCUCAGACCUGUGCAGAAACACUUCCAUUGCCACGGAGUGAGGUUGGACAGAAGCAGAGCAGAGUGUCUGACCCUGUUUGUGACAUUGUCCAUCUUUGAUUUAGCUCGUGAUGUUCUGUGAAUGCACACAUGGCAGUUACUGCUUGCUCCACUGUUGUGAAAAAGUAUUUUCAGUUGAAAAUUUUGU